UCAUGAUCAUUAAUUCAUCAUCUCUUAUCUAUAGUCAAAACCCAAAGAGUUUCCGACAAUAACCACCACCUUAACUAAGGUUCAGAAUUGGAACACAAACAUAAACAUAAACACAAAUCAAAUCCAUUUUCUCUCUCCUCAGUGCAUGUUUCAUCACAAUGGAAAUGGUUCCAUAUUCUGACCCAAAAACUGCCACCACUCCAGCAUGGCAAGACAUGUUCCGAUCUGCAUCCUCACUAAAACCAAAACCAUCCUCCACCAAACCGCCUAACGCGCCGUCAGACACACCCCACGCGCCUUUCAUUAUUCCCCACGCGCCGUCGUCUGCUCAAUCCACCGCCGACCCAGAUGGAAAAAACACAUUUUCCGGCGAUCCUCAGGUGAGACUCGCUCUAUACAUAGCCAUGGCACAUAUGGGUCUUGUUUUCGCCAUUUUCAUUCUCUACACUGUUUCCAAGCUUUUGGAACAGUAUCUAAGACCUCUUCAAUGGGCUGUGCUUUGUUCAAUUCCUCUUAGAGGAAUUCAACAGACCAUUGUUUCGUUUUGGGCUGAGCCUCUCACGUUGGGACUCACAGAAACUCUUCUUGCUGUUCCUGUUGCGGUUUUCAGGGUUUUUGUUGGUACUCUUGUUGAGAUUAGAGAAACUUUGUUUAGAGUCAUUAUGAGGAAACCAAAGCCUCCUAAUCCUCAUCCAAGUAGGAGACGUAGUGGAUUUUCAAAGUUGCUUCGUUUGUUGGUUUCUUUUGGGAUAUUCAUUAUUGCUUAUGAGAAGCUUGGUGGUUUUGGUUCUUCAUCACUUUUAGGGUUAGGUUUUGUGUUUAGCUCUAAGAAUGUGGAUUCAACUAUGCACACUUUGUCUUCUUUGAGGACCAAUAGUUUCAGGAGAAGUGCAAUUAGUGCUUUUUUUACAAGAAGGGUGGUGAGGAAGUUGAAUACUAUUGUUGCAAUUGGGCUUAUUGUUGUUAUGAUUGUAGGAUUUUUGACUGGGGUGAUUUUCUUUUCGUAUAAGAUUGGUGUUGAAGGAAAAGAUGCCGUUGUUUCUCUUAAGUUACAUGUUGAGGAAAGUAAUUAUUCUGAGAGAAUUGGUGUUAAGAAGUGGAUGGAAGAGAAUGAUGUUGCUCGAAUGGUUGAUAGUUACACCACUAAGUUCUAUGAUACUGUUUCUGAACAAAUUGAUGGGUUGGCUGUGCAAUAUAACAUGACUGAAAUUGUGACUGGGAUUAAGCAUUUUGUGAUAUCAACUCCUGCUAACUCUUCAACACCUUCAAAAGCUUUGGUCCAACCUUCACCAUACACAGAAAAGUUUUUGAGUUUGAAAAGUCGGGUCAAGAACCGUGAAUGGAGUCAAAUUUAUGAGGAACUCGAUUCACUUUUCCGAGAGCUUGUGAUCACGCGUGAAGAUCUGGUUGAGAAGGCAAAAGGGUUUGCUUUUAAAGGCAUCGAUGUAGCUCAACGUAUUUUCGCUAGUAGUACAACUGUGCUUGGAAGCAGUACAAAAUUUAUGUUAUCCAUUGCUAAUUCCAUAGUCUCUGGUGCUGCAGAAGUUUUCAAUUUUGUGUCUCAAACAAUGGUGUUUAUUUGGGUUUUGUAUAUUCUCAUUACAUCAGAGUCUGGUGGAGUAACUGAACAAGUGAUGCAUAUGCUUCCAAUUUCAAUCUCCACUAGAGUUAGAUGUGUUGAUGUUUUGGAUAAAGCGAUUUCAGGUGUUCUUUUGGCUACCGCUGAGAUUGCAUUUUUUCAAGGAUGUCUUACAUGGCUUUUGUUUAGGUUAUGCAAAAUUCAUUUCUUGUAUAUGUCAACUGUACUUGCAUUCAUUAGUCCUUUGCUGCCAAUAUUUCCAUCUUGGCUUGCGACGAUUCCGGCAGCUUUGCAACUAGUGAUGGAAGGCAGAUACAUACUGGGCGUUUUCUUGGCUGUUACUCACCUUUUCCUUAUGGAUUAUGGUGCGUCAGAGAUUCUGGAAGAUGUUCCUGGAAAUAGUGCUUAUCUUACUGGACUCAGCAUCAUUGGGGGAAUGACAUUGUUCCCAUCAGCUCUUGAGGGGGCUAUUAUGGGGCCAUUGAUAACUACAGUCAUGAUUGCUCUGAAGGAUUUAUAUGCUGAAUUUGUUUUGGAAGAACCAAAGGACAGGGCCAAGAAGAAAACUAGCUAAGCUUCUUCCACCAUUGUUUAUAUAGAAGUAUUUAUUGGCUGUUGAAGUUUGCUGUAAUUGCAUGGCUUGUUAGUGGAGUUUUCCUUUCAAUUGUGAGAGUUGCUCAAUGGUCAGUCAUUUUUUUUCUUUUCAUUUGUAUCAUAAGAUUAUUAUAUAAUUGGCAAAAAAUAGGUCUUUUUUUAUUGCUUUUUAUCCAUUUUUGGGGUCAUCAAAUAUUUUGAUCACUUGGUGGCAGUGUUUUGUUGAACUGUACAUUUAGACUUGUAGUUGUAUUUAUUCCUGUACAAUUAUUCUUAAUCAUUGUAUUUGUACCUAAAAAGAAAUAAUGACUUGUGCAAGUUCGUUGGAAAUGUUUAUUUUCUUCAAUUUUCUUGGA